AUGGAGUCCACUAACUCAGGCAAUGGAGUUGUCAACGUUCUUCCUGCUCCCGCUCCUGUUUCCGAUGCUGCUCCAAUUGAACAUCAAGAUCACAGCCAAACUGAUCAACAGCAGGCUGCUCCAGACGAGGUUCUUGCUACUGAGCAAGCUCCUCCAAAAUCCUCUUUUGAGGAUUUUCACGAAGCAAUGAAUGAGCUCACUAAGAAAUAUGAAACAUCGAAGGGAGACAGGUUGAAACGAUUCUCAAUUUUCGCGUACCAAGGUACUGUCAAAGACGACCAAAAUGAAUAUCGGGUCAUAGAACAACAUCCGAUUUAUUCGAAAGUCAGCACAAUGGAAGACCGCAUGAUCUACAAACUGGCCCCUUUCCUCCCAAAGCAGCGUCCUAUCAAAUUCGCCCUUGUCCACAGCAGAGAGGUUGCUCCAGAGAAGGAUUCGGACACUCACUUUGAUGUGAACGUAUCUGGUCUUAGAGAAGUAAGACCUCAAUCAGAAGAGACACAAAACGUGCUCAGAAAAAUCCUUGAAGACUAUCUGAGCAAUCCUGCAAACACACCAAAAAUCCCCUUGGUCAUGAAGACGUACGAGAAUAAUUCAGUUGGAGUAAUGAGGAGCUCCCAUCGACUGUACUUCUGUGUUGGCCAGCCCCCAGCGAAACCGAAACCGGAGCCCACGCAACAGCCAAAUCCACAACCUCGACCACCUGGGCUGAAUUCCAACGAGAGUCAACAAAGGAAAAGCUGCUGUUCCAUAAACUAA